AAGUUUGACGAUAUAUUCAAAAUGGGUUCAUCACUACUUUCUAAGCUAAACGCUGGAAUUUGCAUUAUAGAAGUUUUCCUAACAAAUGUUGUUGCAGAUAAUAACACACAGAUGACUUGGCUUGCUGCUAGGGACUUUUGUGACAGUAUCAACUCUAGUUUGGUGGACCCCUUCAUCGAUAGCGUGUCAACAGAAGGAGCAUUCUGGACAAAUAGACGCAUGGAGACACACUCCUCGUGGAUCUAUAUCGAAGGAUGCACCAAUAUUUCCUCGCUGGAGUCAAACAGUGACAACGGAAGACAGAUAGCCUCGGUAUGGGAAUGUGAUAACUGUGUAGCCACACCGAAUCAUUCGGAAUACAGAAUUCAACUUUAAACGAAGGUAAGGUUUUCCUCUAAUUUCUCACCAUACAUCGAGUCAUAUUUCUCAGUCAUAUAAAAGCAAUGUAGGUGACAAUUUGUGAUAUUAUGAUUGAAACUAUAAGCAAGGGACAAAACGUAUGGCGAAAUGUUUGUGUUUGCGUAGAAAUGAAACCCGUAACACAUCAACAUCUUCCUGAACAAGAUUCCUGAAUUGAUAUACCAAACCAUGAUCAAAUUAAUUCAAUUUAACAGCAUACUCCCCAGGCACAUCUUAUAAGAUCUAUGUUUGGAUUUUACACAUCGGAUCUCUUAGUGCGUUGCUUUGAAAUAUUAAUGCAAUG